CAGGGGGACAAACAGGAGAAGAAAAAAGAGUUACUGUAUGCGGGUUGCGAUGUGACAUAAUAAAUGGGGGCCAUUGUGCAUGUUGGCUGCAGCAACGACACUAUCUCAUUAGCCAAAGACGCACAACUGCGUCUAAGUGACGAUAUAUGAGGUUCGGGUGGCCCGUUGGAGCCAAAGAUAGACGAAACAGCAGUUAUUUUGUUGCCCGCUUUGUAGGGCAGAACUACUGCGGCUGGGGCGGGUGUCUUUCAUACACGUAUGUAAGUCAGAUGCCAGAGCAACUAAACACAUUGAACGACGACUUGAUGCCCCGGGUAAUGGCUCACCUGCAUGCUUUACGUAUCCAUGCAUUGUCCAUCUAUGAAGAUUGACUAUUUGUAUUAGUCAAGCAAUUGAACUAUGCUACUACUACAUACAGGCAAU